AUGGAUUCAUUUCAAUCAUUUGGUCUUUGUGCCAAGGCACUCGAGUUCACACUAGAGUGUGAGUUUCCAGAUCAGACCACAAAGAACUAUCAAUUCCAUUCUAGAUAUACUGUCGAUAAGAUAAAGAGCUCAAUAUUGAUGGAUGCACCAGGUCUUUUCAAAAAUGACUAUGCAUUGUCCAUUGACAAUGAAAUGCUGACGAUUGACUUUGCUCGAUUCAUUGUGGCCAAUCCAAAGAUUACACAAUCGCUUGAGAACAGUCCGGUCGUUAAAGUUCAGUUGGUCAACAAGAACAGUUCACCAACUAUUGUACCAAAGGAGUCAACUAUAGUACCUCCACCAAUAUCACCAAUCAGUGAGAAUAGAUUAUCAGAGCUUAAGUUAGCAUUGGAGAGCUCGCCAGUGAUGGGACAUACUAAAAGACCUUCAGUUGGACCAUCCAUACUUGAUAGUGCUCACCUCAGAGAGUUGAGGAAACAGCGUGAGGAAAGAGAGAAGAAGGAGCUGAAGGACCAGAAGAAUGAGGAUAAAGAAAGAGAGAAGGAGAGGGAAAAAGAAAAAGAGAGAGAGAAAGAGAAGGAAAAGGAAAAGGAGAAAGAGAAGGAGAGGGAGAGGGUUGCUGAAAGGGAGAGAGAGAUGGCAGAGAAGAGAGCAUCAGUCGCACAAGGUGUCACGAUUGUCGUGUCCACAUCGCCAGAGAAACCAUCGACAAGUUAUGAAGCCGAUGCAUUGGACAGUCCACCACCAUCGCCACAGCAGGCAACAAACGCAGAGAAAUAUGGAACGUUGCAUUCGUUCAGGAAUCUGACCGUGGGCCAGGUGCCCAAGAUCAAGUCGCUGAUCUUCAACACACUGGAUCGCAGGAGAUCGAUGAGUGCCAAGGGCCACAACAGCAGUGAUGAUCUUAGGUCGCCAUCCAUUACGAUCCAAUCAUCGGAGCGCACUCGAUCACAUGACAGACUGACGUCGCACUCUGGCGGCUCGUCGCCAGUGUCCUCUUCGCCGAUGUCUGCGUCGCCGCCCACCGGUGGCAGCAAGCUGAGUCUGAGCGACACCAAGGACUACAGCCUCAUCGAGAACAUGCGUGGAUACACAGUGGAGGCCUACAAGCAGGGCAUCACAUCACCUCAAGAGUUGGUACUGAGCACAUUGAUCACCAGCGAGUGUUGGUACGCUGCCAACUUCCAGAAGGACGAGCAUUUCAACUAUGUUGGCGAGGAUGAUCAGCAUGGUCCAUACAUCAUAUCAUUAUUCAAGGAGAAGGACGAGGACAAGGACAAGGAGAAGGACAGGGAGUCAUUGACAUCAUCAUCAUCGUCAUCAUCUUCAUUCUUGGUAAAGAGUGCCGGUUGCUAUAGGAUAUUGUUGAGGACAAAGCAAGGAGAUAGGUAUCGCACGGUCAAUCCAAAGGUGUUUGGCAGCUUCAUAUAUUCAGCGAGCAGAGUGCCAAUCAAGGAGAUCAUGCAGAUAAUCGCACCAGAGCUGAGUACCAAGAGUGUUAGAAAGGUCAAGUCUGGCGAUGUUGUCAAAGACCUCCUCAAGUUUGAAGAGCGCCAACGUAUCAAGAGUUUCAAGUUUGGUGUUCUCUACUGCGCAACCAAUCAAACAGUCGAAGAGUCGAUGUUCUCGAAUGAGUAUGGCAGUGAUGACUUUAACGAGUUCUUGUCAUUGCUUGGAAAGAGGAUACAGCUACAGGGAUGGGAGCAUUAUCGUGGAGGUCUGGAUGUGAAGAAUAAUACUACAGGAAUGGAGAGUAUCUAUGAGAACUAUAGGGGAUUCGAAGUAAUGUUCCAUGUUGCCACCAUGCUACCAUUCAGUCAGAUGGACAGUCAGCAAGUGGAGAAGAAGCGUCAUAUUGGCAAUGACAUUGUUGUAAUAGUAUUCAAGGAGGGUGAUAGGCCCUUCAAUCCAAACGUUAUCCAAUCCGAUUUCAAUCACGUAUUUAUUGUUGUACAAGUGGAUGCAGUUGCCAGUCGAACAAUGGGCAACAAGCGAUAUAAGAUAUCCAUCGUGUAUAAGGAGGGCAUUCAACCAAGUCAUCCAUACAUUGAAUAUCCAGGUACUUACGAAGCCAAUGCAUCAUUCAAGGAUUAUCUGUUGUGUAAAUUGAUCAACUCUGAAUGUGCAUCGUAUGACGCACCUAGUUUCAUGAUAAAGAUUCAAAGAACUAGGACUGCUUUGCUAAAGGAUAUUAUCAACACUUAUGGUUCAUUGGACUCAUAG